CUCCGCCCUUCGCGUACAACUUCUUCAACACCAAUUUCAGGCCGAUGACAUGACAGCCAGUAUGACCAUCGACGACGAAGAAGAACCCCCUCUACUGGUAGACGUGGAGGGCGAAGGCGAUCCGGAUAGCGAAGAGCCACCAGUCGUCAAAGUGCCCAUCACUAUUGUGACUGGUAAGUGCGUUCGGCUUAGACACAACUAUACUUUCCCUAAUGUUAUUUAGGAUAUCUUGGUGCUGGAAAGACGACAUUAUUGUAAGCUUUAACUGCGUCUCUUACUAACGUCUUGGUUCUUAUACUUAUUUCUACAGGAAUUAUAUACUGAAAGCACAGCAUGGCAAAAAGAUUGCCGUCAUACUUAAUGGUAGGCAUUUUAGGAAGUACUAGUUUCGCUUACUCGCUAAUAUAUCCUAAUUUAGAAUUUGGGAAUUGUAAGAAAGAGUGCUCUACUUAAAAAGAACAAGCAUGGUGACAAAUAUAGCUGCCGAUAUCGAAAAAACUCUCACCGUCAACACUGGUGGAGAACAAGUUCAAGAAUGGCUUGAGGUGGGCAAUGGAUGCAUUUGCUGCUCCGUCAAGUAUGACCACGACAUACUAUUCAAUCAUCCAGACUAACAGUAUCAAAGAGAUCAAGGAGUCAAUGCAAUCGAGUCUUUGAUGGACAAAAAGGGGGCCUUCGAUUACAUUCUUCUAGAAACAACCGGCCUAGCGGAUCCCGGCAAUAUCGCCCCGCUAUUCUGGGUUGACGAUGGACUUGGUAGUACCAUUUACCUCGAUGGGAUUGUCACUUUGAUCGAUGCUAAGAAUAUCAUCAAGAGUCUUGAUGAGCCAGCUCAGGAUACCAUCCCCACAGAAGGACAUGAUGAGCACGAAGGGCACGAAGGACCGCUGAUGACCACGGCACAUUUACAGAUAUCUCAUGCUGACGUUAUCGUUCUCAAUAAAUCGGAUCUUGUCACCCAAGAAGAGCUCCAAGCGGUACGCGAGCGCGUUCAAGCUAUCAACGGACUCGCAAAGAUUCAUGUAACCCAACAAGGUCAAGUGCCGAAUUUGGAAGGAUUCUUGUUGGAUCUGCAUGCCUAUGAGAACGUUGAGUCAUUGGAUGUAGCGCACAAAGGUCAUAGUCAUUUGGAUCCGGUACGCUAUAUCCCCAAAAGAUGUUUGGAAUAUAGCUGAUACGUCUCAGUCAAUCACUACCAUCACCAUCCAAGUGCCUGUAUUGGAGGCAGAGCAAUUGCCAGCACUUGACGAGUGGUUAAGAAGUAUUCUGUGGGACUCUACCUUGCCAUCCUCUGACAGCACUGUCGCAAACAUUCAAGCAGAAAGUCACGAAAUCCACAGGCUGAAAGCCAGGAUUCCGCUAUCCAAUGGCGAUGUCAAGAUCGUCCAAGGAGUUAGAGACAUCUUCGAGAUUAGAGAUGCGCCGUCAGGAUCUUCGACAAGCUCGGAAGGGAAGAUUGUAAUCAUUGGGAAGCGACUGCUUGGCAAGUCUUUCAAGGAGAGUCUUUUGUCUAUGAUUAGGAGAUAA